AUGCAGGCACAGAAACAAUCCAGUACGAGCGCAAAUGGCGGCGCCGAGGGGCUAGCGGCACCGGGGGGAGGCGGCGGGGAGAACCGUCUGGAGAUCCCUCCGCCGCGCCCCGCGAGAAAGAGUCCCUCGGGCUCCCCCGCAGAGACCCCGCAGGGUGGCGGCGAGGACCGGCCGCCGCUUCCUCCUCCUUCUUCUCCUUCCCUGCGGGGAGCCCUCGUUCCGCCGCGCUGCCAAGCCAGGCGGGCGUCGCGCCGGUCGCCGCGCCCCGAAGUUUCUUCUUGUUCCUCCCAGCGGAUCCCGCGACCUCCUCGCCCCGUCCGGGGAGACGCCGAGUGCCCCUGCGCUCCCGGCGGCGGAGGGACACCGCGGACACCCGUCGCCGCUGCACUCCCGCCGCCGCGGAAGGAUACAGCUCUCGCAGGGAAACACCACCCGCCCCCAGCCGCGCCGCUCCCGCCGCCGCCUCCUCCCACCGCCGCCGCCGCCUCACCGCGGGCGGCGCGGGGGCAGCCGAGGCAGCGCGUCCGGCCGCGGAGCGGGGACGGCGGCGGCCGCAGGCCCCAUGUCCGCCCUGCGUGGCGGAGGGAUCCCGCUGAGGGAGGGAGGGAGGGAGAACGAGGCCCGGGUCGCCUCGCACGGUCGUGUGUGCGGGAAGAAGAGCCGGCCGCGGGAUCCCUCCGCGGAGCUGCCCUUUAA